AUGGAAGCCUCACAUUUACAAAUAUACUGGCAUGACUCACAGCCGGUUUACUCACUCACGUUCCAGAAGAGCAGUUCGAACGAGAAACUGUUCACCGCUGGUGGUGAUAACAAGGUUCGGAUAUGGAAGUUGAACCGGGAUGAAGACGAGAAGUGCGGAGGGGUGCGUAAGAUUGAGAGCAUGGACUUUCUUGGAUCGCUGACGCAUCACGAGCAGGCCAUUAACGUGAUCCGGUUCAACUCGCACGGUGACGUGCUGGCGUCUGCGGGCGACGACGGCCAAGUACUGCUGUGGAAGCAAGAAGAUCCAAAUACACAGCAAGAUUCUGUGAUCAGACCCUUUGGAAUGGAUACAGAGGCUGGUGAAGCAGAUGAGAACAAGGAGAAAUGGGUUGUGUGGAAGAGGCUGCGUGGCGGUAGCGGUGCUACUGCGGCGGCAGAGAUUUACGAUCUAGCAUGGUCGCCCGAUAACAGGAACAUAGUGGUGGGAUGUAUGGACAAUUCGAUACGACUGUUUGACGUCGGAGCUGGAAUGUUGGUAUGCGCCCAGUCGGAUCAUGGCCACUAUGUCCAAGGUGUGGCUUGGGACCCAUUAAAUCAGUUUAUCCUCUCGCAGUCUGCAGACCGGUCUCUGCACGUGUAUGAAGUCAUUCUUUCACCUGCAGGAAUGGUCACAGGGUUGAAGCUUAGAAGCAAGAUUGUCAAGGCGGAGAUGCCUUCGACAGGCGAUGUGCUGAGGACAAAUUACCUGUUUCAUAAUGAGACGCUACCUUCAUUUUUUAGGCGAUGCAGCAUAUCACCUUGCGGCGGCUUGGUCGUAGUGCCCAGUGGCGUGUACAAGGUGGGCGGCGAUGAAGUCGCAAACUGCGUAUAUGUGUAUACUAGAUCCGGGAUACUGAACGGCGCUGGCGGCGUUAAAAACAGGCCCGCGAUCAGGAUCCCAUCUUUGAAGAAACCAGCGCUGAUGGCGGCCUUCUCACCAGUAUUCUACGAGACAAGCCAACAGAGCGUGCUUAAGCUGCCCUAUAAGCUUGUAUUCGCCAUAGCAACAACUAAUGAAGUACUCGUGUACGACACGGAUGUAUUGGAGCCGUUAUGCGUGGUGGGGAACAUACACUACUCGCCCAUAACUGAUUUGGCAUGGUCUGGGGAUGGCUCCACCCUAUUAAUCUCGUCAACAGACGGCUUCUGUUCUUAUGUAUCGAUCGACACCGAGACGCAAUUUGGUUCAAGGAUAGAGCCGCCAGCGUUGCGUGCAGAGCAACUGGAGACUAACGACAGUCCGGCAGCCGCCAAGAAUCAGCGCGAGUCAGGUGGAAUCGUAAACAUGCUGCCUGUGAAGAAGGUCCCCUGCAAUAGCAACGAUAAUAAAAAGAGGCGCAUUCAGCCUACGCCAGUCGAUUUGUGA